AUGAAGCCAGCCAUCAUCCUGGACUACAACCACAACAUAGGAGGCGUGGACAACCUGGACAAGCCAGACCAACCAGCCAGCCCAACCAGCCAGCCCAACCAGCCAGCCCAACCAGCCAGACCAACCAGCCAGACCAACCAGCCAGGCAAACCAGCCAGACCAACCAGUCAGACCAACCAGCCAGCCAGCCCAACCAGCCAGACCAACCAGUCAGACCAACCAGCCAGACCAACCAGCCAGCCCAACCAGCCAGCCCAACCAGCCAGACCAACCAGCCAGCCCAACCAGCCAGCCCAGCCCAACCAGCCAGACCAACCAGCCAGCCCAACCAGCCAGCCCAGCCCAACCAGCCAGACCAACCAGCCAGACCAACCAGCCAGACCAACCAGCCAGCCCAACCAGCCAGCCCAACCAGCCAGCCCAGCCAAACCAGCCAGCCCAGCCCAACCAGCCAGACCAACCAGCCAGACCAACCAGCCAGCCCAACCAGCCAGACCAACCAGCCAGACCAACCAGCCAGACCAACCAGCCAGACCAACCAGCCAGCCCAACCAGCCAGCCCAACCAGCCAGACCAACCAGCCAGACAAACCAGCCAGCCCAACCAGCCAGCCCAACCAGCCAGACCAACCAGCCAGCCCAAGCUGCCUGCAAGUCCGACACCCACCAGUCUAGUCAAUAA